AUGUCGCCGUCCACGGUGCAGAUGCAGAACCCCAACGGCUCGCCGUACAACGUGUCUUCCGCGCCGGAAUUCCGGCAGGAGGAGUCGACGGCCGUCGAAGAAAAACUCAUGGUGGCUGUGAGAAUAAGACCAUUAUCGACAAACGAGACGGAUAGAAGCUUGUACGUGGUCGAUUCCAAGGUAAGCUGUUUAAUCGCGUAA